GAUAAUGGUAAGGAAUUUGUUAGUAAAGACAUGCGUAAGUUUUUUGAAGAAUGUAACGUUACAUUUUUUACAACAAAAAACGAUGAUGUAAAGUGUGCGAUGGUUGAACGUCUAAAUCGUACAAUUGAAGACCGGUUGUAUGUGUUCAUGACCGAAAACAACACAUACCGAUUCAUUGAUAUCCUUCCUAAGGUUUUAUCCGCUUACAAUUCUACAAAACACUCGGCUACAGGAGUAGCCCCUAAAGACGUCGGUCCUGAAGAAGCUGAGCAAAUUCUCCAGAAGAUGGUUGAUGAACAAAAAGAUUCAGUAGCAUCUACCGGAUCUUCUUCAUCCUCAUUGUCCUACGCAUCAUCCACUUCCUCCGAUGGCGUGUAUCGCCCAUACAACUUGGUGGAUCCUGGUUGCCCGUUUGCUAACGCUUGCCUGGAGAUCGACCAGUUUUUUCAUGUGUUCACUCGCACGCCAACGACUGCAGAGCUGGCUGCCAUCUCCAAUAGAGCAUUCGAAAUUGCUACCCGUAUACGCCGUGAUAUGCUGGCCCGACGUCCAAACGUAAGCGCCAUGGAUAAUCUUCCGGAUGCCUGGGUGCAUGCUAUCCAUCUGGCUAAUAUGAUUUUGGGAGACAUUCAGUUUUUCCAUGACGCCCGUCUUAUUUCUUUGGUUGGUCCGUAUGGCCCUUGCGCCGCCUACAAUUCAGUCUACCAGUUUGGCGUGACCGGCACCGUGCCGUACAUUGGUGAGAAUACCUUACCCACCUUGCAGCUUUACGCACCGCCAAAUCCACCACCACCACAACCACCUACUGGCUUCUACACUCCAGCCAACGACUAUCCUCCAGACAACACCCGCCACAUCUACACUCCAAUCAACGACGGCUUCGUCUAUACUGCCGCUUACGAGAACGUCUACUCUCCGUUGCCUGACGACCACGAGCAAGAGCUAGCAUUUUCCCUGCCACAACGUUCUCGCACACCGGAACCGACCCAGAUGGUGGAGUACAGUCCCGCUUCUCCUGACAUGUCAACUUUGAGCCAUUACCUUACGGAGCCAGCACAUACCUCUCGUUGGAAUGUUGCCCGCGUUGCCCGGGAUCGAAUGCCUUCACCGACUCGCACACAGCCUUUCAAUUUGAUUCGCUUGACGUCACCAUCUUCUGCCAGCAGUCCAUACCGCUCACGUCUUUUGGAUGCGCCACGAGGUGGACGCCGCCGCUCUUCAACUCCACCGUCACCCACAAUGCCUUCCACGUCUGAUGCUUUUACUACACCGACACGCAAUCCAUGCCGACCACGCUUUGUGAAUGCACCGCAACGCCGCCGCCGCCCGCCAACACCGUUCCAUUCAACGCCUCCUCGCGCAUCAACGCCAGUACAAGACUAUUCACCAGACGACCAGACCGCCGUUGAAAGAAUCAAUAGCCUUCUUUCCCAGCCUUUCAUCCUUGACCAGAUCAACCGCAUCGCUAACUCACCCCGGGACCAUUAUCCGGAGGAAAUUUACAGCCAGCCGACUACGCGAAAGCGCUCCACCGAUUCGCCAAAUGAAUCAGACCCUCGCCGUCGCCGCUAUAAUUAACUUGCAAUUUGCCUAAUUUUUAAUAUUUCUUGUUUUUUAAAAAUUGUUUUGCUUGUUAGGAA